UAUUCGGUCCUACGAGCGCGACCUGUGAGUGUCUUGUGGGAUGGUAGGUGCGUGGUGAUAUAUACAAGUGACUUUAAUCAUCAUCAUGGGUGUCCAAAGCACCCCCAACAGACUUAUCUAUUUGUGUGCCGCUAUCUUUCUGACGGCCGUCCUUCUUCAGCUACCAUCGAAUGCGAACGCUGAUAAAGAGAUCGAUUCCGAUUUGAUAUUUGAAACCGCGGACGACCCGACGACCAAUCACGACAUAUCAAUUCGAGAUGCAUCGCAUAAUGUAAUUAGUGAAUCUAGUCAAGACGAUGAACCGCAUUGGAUCAACAAAGUUGUGCAUAGAAUAAAGAGACAAUUAUUUUCGUGGCCAUUCUUCACUACUACUCCUGCUCCAGAUGUGGAAGAGGAUGAAGAUGAUGAGGAGACUGAAAAUAUUGCGACUACCGACAAUAAUCAGGAUCAGGAUCAGAUCCAGGAAGGAAGUCAAGAAUAUAGCAAGUACGACCAUAAGGAAAAUAACCAGGAUAACAACGAUGAUGACUACGAGAUUCAUUCAUUCAACAAUUCCGACGAUGAAGACAUGCCAGAUAAUUCCGGUGAUUAUUCGGGUUCGCAUAAAAUUGAGAAUGAUGGACCUGCUUAUUAUCGGGUUGUUAUGACCGUUAUGGAACCGAUGAGUCAAGAUUACACAAACAAAGCCUCAGACACUUACAAAACAUUUGUGAAAACAUUUGUGGACGACAUCCAUGAACUCUACAAGAAAACACGAGGAAAUCAAAGGGCCGAAGUAAUAACCAUCGAACCACAUUCUUCCGAUGUGUUCGGUAUCGUUGUCACAUUCGAUAUUGAAAGCAAAGGAUAUUACAACGAAGAGAAAAUCAAAUCCGUUCUGGUGAAACAGAUUCAAUCCAGAAAUUCGAUUGGUCAACUGCAAGUGAAUUUGGAUAACUUCAGGUUUAAGAGAUUCGAAGCAAAACGAGAAGAUGCUGUAGAAACAAAUGUUUGUCACGAAUCCGAACUGCAAUGUAAGAAUGGUGAAUGCGUUCCAUCUGAAUCGCGUUGCAAUAAGGAAAUCGAUUGCGAAGAUGGAUCCGAUGAAACUGGUUGUCCUCCCGAUGAUGUUGAACCAGAGGCAGAAAUCCCAGUGGGAAGCAACAGAAACGAAUUUGAAAAGCGGGUAACGCAGAUUCCUACCGGAUCAUCAUUCCCUAUCCCUACUGUUCCUAGUCACGAAACAAACUUUACGCAGAACUUGCCCGGAAGAUGUCGCGGUGAUGAUGUUUACCACUGCAAAAAUAACGUUCAGAUAUGCUCGGAAAAGGAAUGCGACGGACAUAAAGAUUGCGAUGAUGGUGAAGACGAAGAAAACUGUUGGGAUUGUUCAACUGAUGAAAUUCAAUGCGACAUUUCGAGGUGCGUGUCGAAGACGAAAUUAUGCGAUGGAGUCUUCGAUUGCGAUGACAAGACCGACGAGAAUGAUGACAGUUGUACAGGCAGAGGAAGAUGCUACCCCGAAGAAACCCAGUGCAGAUCCGGAGAAUGCAUUAACAAAUCUCAAAUAUGCGAUGGUCGCUAUGACUGCCCGGACGGAGAUGAUGAAGAGAACUGCUCUGUCCAAAAACACGCUACACGGUGCAAUAAAGAAGAAUUUACGUGUGGGGAUGGUUCGUGCAUACCGAUGAAAAGAAAAUGCAAUUCUGUCAGAGAUUGUGCUGAUAAUUCCGAUGAAAAGAAUUGUCCCUGUAAAGAUGACGAGUUCACUUGCGAUAAUCGAAUCUGUAUACCUUUUAAACAACGCUGCGAUUCCAUCCAUAACUGCAAUGAUGGGAGCGAUGAAAAAAAUUGCCCAGAUCCCUCAAGAGCGAAACCGUCUGGUGGGUGCCAGGAUCACGAAAGGCGUUGCAAAGAUGGCACAUGCAUAGACCAAAUUUAUUUCUGCGACGGUAGAAUCAAUUGUCCCGACGAAUCGGAUGAAAUGAACUGCUGCAAACUGGAUCAGUUUAGAUGCAGCAACGGUACAUGUUUAAGAAUUGAUCAAAGGUGCGAUGGAAAUUCAGAUUGCGAGCAUUCAGAGGACGAAGAUAACUGCGUCUGUAAAGCGAAUCAAUUUCGCUGUGAAAGCAAUGAAUGCGUGAACGUAGAUAAACAUUGCAAUGGACAUAUUGAUUGCGCUGAUGGUAGCGAUGAACGUAAUUGCAAUGCGUGCGAUUCUCAUUAUUGCGAUGGAGGAACCUGUUUAAAUAACGCAUUUGUCUGCGACGGCAUUUUAGAUUGUCUUGAUGAAUCAGAUGAAAGCAACUGCUCGCAGUGUUCACCAUCGCAAUUUAAAUGCGAUUCGGGAAUGUGCAUUCCCGAAAACGGAAGAUGCAAUGAUAUUAAAGAUUGCAAUGACGGUUCAGAUGAAAACAAUUGUGUACAUCAUUGCCCAUUUGGACAAUUCCGUUGCGACGAUGGAUUGUGUCUACAAAUUGAACGCAGAUGCGAUUCGUACGAAGAUUGUCGUGAUGGUUCUGACGAAAAGAAUUGCACACAAUGCGAUAGUAACCAAUUUGAAUGUGGAACUGGAAUUUGUAUCGCGGAAUCAAAGCAAUGCGAUGGUUACAGCGAUUGUGAUGAUCAUUCCGAUGAACAAGGUUGUGCUCCGGAGUGUGCAGCUGAUCAAUUCCAAUGCAACGACAAAAGGUGUAUACCAAACGAUAGGAAAUGCAACGGUGAUAAUGAUUGCGAAGAUGGUGAAGAUGAGCUGGAUUGUGCGUGUUCUUCUGAUGAGUUCACUUGUGGCAAUGGAAAAUGCAUUCCGAAUUACUUGAAAUGCGACAACGUUCCGAAUUGCGAUGAUGGAUCUGAUGAAAUCGACUGUGGUACCGUCUGCAGUUAUGAUGAGUUUGCUUGCGGCGAUGGUAGUUGCAUUGACAAUCACAGAAAAUGCAACGGUCGUCCUGAUUGUUCGGAUGGUAGUGAUGAGGUAAACUGUGGACAUAUCGCGGUUGUAUGCAGGCACGGAGAAGUCCAAUGUAGAAACCAAAAGCAAUGCUAUCCAUCUUCAGGCCACUGCAAUAGAAUUAGAGAUUGCGACGAUAACUCCGAUGAAGAUAAUUGCCCUAUAGAAGCAUGUACUCGCGAUGAGUUCCGUUGUGAAAACGGGCCAUGCAUAAGUAUGGAAUUGCGAUGCAAUGGAAAGACGGAUUGUCCUUUAGAUAAUAGCGAUGAAUUAGAUUGUAAUCCCUACGAUAAUGAACAUAAUCCAAAUACGCCAUUCAUCGUCGACUUGAAAGCAUAUCCGUCUGAACAAGAAAUUAAAGAAACCAUUAUAAGGACUGGUCAAGAAGUGGUCUUCCAUUGUCGCGACGAAGGACCUAACAGAGUUAAGGUAUAUUGGUCCUACAAGUAUGGAAAUCUGCCACCUGGUUCUAGAGAUAACAAUGGUAGAUUGGAAAUGCCGAACAUCCCUACGAAUUACUCCGGAGAAUACAUUUGUAAUGCUGUUACUCCACCAAGCGUCCCUGCUACGCACAUUUCAGUUUACCUCAACAUCAACAAAUAUAUUGCACCAACUACCCGAAAACCUCAAGUAUGCGGAUUGUACGAAGCCACAUGUGCGAAUGGAGAUUGUAUUGAUAAGCAACGUGUUUGCGAUGGACAUUUCGACUGUGCUGAUGGAUCCGAUGAAACUCGUUGCAAUCCUCAUGGAUGCGAACCAAAUGAGUUUAGAUGCGCAAACAAGAAAUGUAUUUUGAAGACCUGGCGUUGUGAUUCGGAUGAUGAUUGUGGCGAUAACUCUGACGAAAUGAAUUGCGCUACAAAUCCACCAGGAUCUUUGUGCGGUUUCCACCAAUUUACAUGCCGAUCCGGAAAUCAAUGCAUUCCUAAGAGUUUCCACUGUGACAUGUCGAACGAUUGUACCGAUGGUAGCGAUGAAAUUGGUUGUUCUUCGGUGACCAUUGUAAGGCCACCACCACCAAUGAUAACUUUGGAAAUUGGUGCUACCUUUGAAAUAACAUGCUCGGCAGUCGCAGUACCCACUCCCGAAAUAUCUUGGCGCUUAAACUGGGGUCACAUCCCGGAGAAAUGCAUUACAACGAGUGUAAACGGUGUAGGAGUUUUAACUUGUCCUGACAUCCAACCGGAGAACCAAGGUGCAUAUUCGUGCGAGGCAAUAAAUAUCAGAGGAUCCGUUAUUGCCACCCCUGACACCAUUCUGCUUGUUAACGCUGGACAAUCCGUUUGUCCCGCCGGAUUUUUCAAUGAGGAAGCAAGGAAUCCAAACGAAUGUAUUUCGUGCUUCUGUUUUGGCGUCACAAAGGAAUGUUCUUCUGCAGAUCUAUUUACAUACCAAUUGCAACCACCAAUGGAUUCUCAAAGAUUUGUUACCGUCAAUGUCGAUCCUAUGACCGGUGUUGUCGAUAUUAGAGGUGAUAGCCCGUACAGGAACGAUCAAAUGUCAGUAACUACCUCUAAUAUCCGCAAUGGAUUACGUGUAUACUCUCAAUAUAAUGAAGAUUCGAAUCAUAACUUGGUACCAUACUUUGCAAUGCCUGAGAACUAUCACGGAAACCAACUUAAAAGUUAUGGAGGCUAUCUCAAGUACAUUCUGAAAACGAAUAGGGAAGGACACCAAAUUUCAAGAGCCCCAGACGUUAUCCUAUCUGGCAAUGGUUACACCUUAUUGCACGUCAGCAACGAAAACCGUGAUGGAGAAAUGAACAUCAGAUUCUUUGUGGGAGAAUGGAUCAAAAAAUCAGAUACCGCUCCAGAAUCUCUAGCAACGCGUGAAGAAAUAAUGAUGGCAUUAGCUUCUGUUGAUAAUAUUCUUAUCAAAGUGAAGUACAGCUAUGGUCAUUUUGAUACUACUCUUGAAAAUAUUAUAAUGGACUCUGCAGGAAUAAUUGACAAUAGAAUUGGACAAGCUUCAUUUGUUGAACAGUGUAGAUGUCCCACAGGAUACAGUGGACUUUCAUGCGAAUCAUGUGCCGCGGGAUAUUCGAGACAUCAAUCUGGUCCAUGGCUAGGAAAAUGUCAUAAGGAACCAGAGAAUUGCCCAGCAGGUUAUUAUGGAGACCCAUCUAGAGGUAUUGAUUGUAAGAUUUGUCCUUGCCCACUAACAAGCUCAGGAAAUCAAUUUGGAAGAACAUGUCGAUUGGACACUGAUGGCGGUGCCACAUGCGAUUGCCCACGAGAAUAUUAUGGCCGCAGGUGUGAACACUGUGCCAGAGGCUAUAACGGAAAUCCAUUAGUUGCAGGAGAUUACUGUAAACCAAAUGUUGAUCAUUGUAAUGCUGCAGGUUCUUCAUACACCAAUCAGCAAAGCGGACAAUGCCCAUGCAAAAUAAACACUAUUGGAUAUACCUGUGACACAUGUAAGGAGAACACUUUCCAUUUAAGUAACGACAAUAUGUUCGGUUGUAUUUCUUGUUUCUGUAUGGGUAUCACGAAACAAUGCCAAAGCACCAAUUGGUACAGAGAUCAGAUAUCUACCAUAUUUACAUCGUCCAAAAAUAACUUCAAAUUGGUAGCGGCUGACAAUAAAGACACGGAAAUUGAAGAUGGAAUUAUUCUAGACCAACAUUCAAGAGAGAUAGUUUAUAACAACUUUAGAAAUACGGAUCUGUACUAUUGGUCUUUACCGUCGCGCUUUUUGGGCAACAAGUUAACAGCAUACGGAGGAUAUUUAACAUAUACACUACGUUACGUGCCAUUCCCAGCCGGUCAAAGUUCUAAAAACAACGCGCAUGAUGUUGAACUCAAGAGUAUCGGUGGCAUAACUAUUAGAUACUUUGCUAACGACACUCGCACUUCCUCGAAUAACUUAACGAUGAAGGUUCCCAUUCUCGAACAGUAUUGGCAAAGAGCUGAUGGAAAUGUAGCAGAUCGUGAACAUUUGAUGAUGGCUUUAGCUGAAAUUGAAUCUAUUUCAAUUAAGGCUACUUACACAACAAAUACCCGCGAAGCCGCUCUGCAAAUGGUUUCUUUGGACACCGCUAGUGAUAGAAAUACUGGAAACGCUAGAGCUUUGCCAGUUGAACAAUGUUCUUGUCCAGUUGGUUACAAAGGAUUAUCAUGCGAAGAAUGCGAUGCUGGCUAUACUAGAACACUGGGAGGUAUUUAUUUGGGUCUUUGCGAAAAAUGCGAUUGCAACGGACAUUCGAAUAAAUGUGAUCCUAAUAGUGGUGACUGCACGAACUGCAGAGAUCACACUACCGGCAACAAAUGUGACGAAUGUGAAUAUGGAUACGUAGGCGAUCCAACAAAUAAUGUGCCCUGUACUUACAAACGAGACCAUGACGAGAAUAAUUGCAAAUGUAAUCCUGCAGGAUCAAUUUCAUCCGACUGCAUUUCAGGUGUUUGCCAAUGCAAGACAAAUGUAGAAGGAUCCAACUGCGAUCGUUGUCGUGAGGGCACAUUUGGCCUUAAUGUUUCCAUAGCAGAGGGAUGCCAAUCUUGUUUCUGUUCUGGAGUAGCCACAGAUUGUCACGAGAGUAAUAUGUAUAUUGAACAAAUACCCAGUCAAAUUUUUGAACCAAACAAUAAUGGUUUCGUACUAACUAAUAUAAAACAAACCGAAAAGAUUGACACGAAUUUCCAAUUAAAUAUUGCGAUGAAUGAGAUUGGAUAUACAUUUAGGCCAAGUCAACAUUCCGAAAGUCUAUUUUGGUCGCUACCCAACGUUUUCACUGGUAACAAAAUUAAAUCAUUCGGUGGUAAUUUGGAAUUUACCCAAAGAUACACGCAAAGACCCGACGCAUCGUAUGUUAUGGAUCGCGAUGUCAUCAUCAUUGGUAAUGGUAUAACUAUUUAUUGGUCGAAUCCGCACAGGCAGGCUCAAAACUUGGCAAACAAAAUAUCUGUUAAUUUGAGUCCGGCUUCAAAAUGGCAACGAUUAGACUUUAGACAAGGCCCUAAACCAGCAUCGCGUGAAGAUCUUCUGAAAGUUCUUGCAAAUAUUGAUGCAAUUUUAAUCAGAGCACAAUUAUCCAGCGACACAGCGAGCUCAUUCAUUAGUGAUCUUACUUUGGAUACAUCAGUGGACACUCGCACGAAUCAAGGAAGAUCGACGCAUGUUGAAGUUUGCAUUUGCCCACCAGGAUACACCGGUACAUCAUGCGAAAUAUGCGCACAGGGAUAUUACAGAGACAUUAACGAUAUUGGAACUGGACCAUUGGGCUCCUGUUCGAAGUGUCCAUGCAACGGACACGAAUCCAGCUGUUCGAUAGAUCAGAAUUCAGGCGUUCACUGCAACUGCAUGCAAGGAUAUUCGGGACAACGAUGCGAACAUUAUGGUUCAUCUAUAAUCCAGCCAGAGUAUCCGCCUGUGACCAGUUCACCUAAUAUACCGCCAUCAAUAUCACUUUCUAUCAGUUCUCCAUCUUUGACGAUCCGCGAAGUUGGUGGAGAAGUUAGAUUGAGGUGUAUUGCAACAUCUUUUAUAAAUAAAUCCAUCAAAAUUCAUUGGACAAAGGAUCAAGGAGUCCUUCCGGAUAGAGCAAUAGACGAUAAUAAUGGAUUAUUAGUUAUUACUGAUCUAAGACAUUCAGAUUCUGGCAACUAUAUAUGCCAAGCCUUUGAUGGACUCUCCAUCGUUACCGAAAGAGUUAAUUUGGCAGUUGGAGGAAAUACACCAGAAUUACCAAUUAUUUCAAUUGUCCCAUCAACUGUUGAUGUAUAUGAAGGCAAACCGUUUAGGUUGCAAUGUAUUUCAAGAGGUAAUCCUACACCCAAUAUAAGUUGGAGGAAAUCAAAUGGUGAUCAUUUGAAUGAAAAUAUCAUUUACAAUGAUUACCUGGAAGUUACCCAUGCCAGAAAAUCCGACGAAGGAACUUACCAAUGCUUAGGAGUGAACACUGCUGGACAAAAUGUUGAUUACGCUAACGUUCGUGUGCAUAUUCCUUCUGGUCCGUAUCCAAUAACACCAGUGAUUACACCAUCGCAAUAUGCUGGAACCAGCGGCCAAUCUUUCACUCUGACCUGUACGGCUGGUGGAAAUUAUAAUAUUAGAUGGACAAAGCAGAACAGCAGAUAUCUGCCGCACAACAAUCAAAUAAAUAAUGGAAUCCUUAUUGUGAAUCAUGCUAAACCUGAAGAUUCUGGUGUAUACGUCUGUACGGCAACCGCUAACGAUGGACGUUCGGUUAAUGUUACUACUAAUGUGCACAUCAUGGAAGGCUCUGGUAUUGCUCCAAGUGUUACGCUUGAACCUAACACCCAGAAAGUAGAUCAAGGAACUGAGGCUGAACUGAAAUGUAAUGUCGUUGGUUCGCCUAUCCCAACAAUUCACUGGAGUAAGGAGGGAGGCGAUAUUUCUCAUAAUUCUCUUCAACAAGGCUCUAUACUUAAAAUCUACAAUGUGCAAAUGUCUGAUCGUGGUAUGUACAAGUGCGCUGCUAAAAACAGUUUUGGACUUGGACAGAGUUUUGCCAUUAUUGAUGUACAAGCUCGAGAAGCCCCCAUCAUUGAAAUAUAUCCAAAGAAUGAACAAAUUGUGAACGUUGGAUCCAACGCAAUGUUCCAAUGCCGUAUACUAUAUGGUAUUCCAGCGCCAACUAUUAGAUGGCAUAGAGCUGAUGGCUAUCCAAUUAGUCAUAGAGUUGAAAAGUUGUCGAACGGUGUUUUAAGGUUUAAUGGAAUUGAAGAAUCCGAUGGAGGCAAGUACAUCUGCUCAGCUGAAAAUACAGUUGGUUCGGUCACGGCCUACGGACAUAUAAUAGUGCAAACUGUACCCGAUGUAUCCAUCAUACCACGUACUGAAAUUAUGCAGGUUCAAGUUGGAAAACCUAUUCGCUUGGAAUGUAUGGCAUCCGGACAUCCUAGUCCAACAGUACAAUGGAGCAAAUUCAUUCAUAAUAGAGACUCGUUGACAUCUUCUUACAAUUCUAAACCAUUAACGAAUGAACUUUCGGGAAAUGCUGUCUUUGAAAUUACAAGGGUAACUAUGGAUGAUCGUGGCACCUACUAUUGUACAGGAAGAAACUCUGCUGGCGCUAGAGAAAGCAGAAUAACUAUACAUGUAGACGAUAAUAUUCCAACUAGAGGUGAUAUUACCGCUAAUCAUACAUAUGCAAAAGGAGAAGAUCCAGGUAGUGACCGUCGUCCAGAAUUUAGCUACAAAGACAAUGAACGUCAAAGACCAGAGGAUGAUGCCCAAGUAUUCACUGUACCCGUAGGAAACCGCGCAGACUUAAGAUGUGACAUUAAAAAAACCAACGAAACAAUAUUCACGCAUUGGACCAGGGCUGAUAAUACUUCUCUCCCGAAAUAUUCUCUAAUUCGCAAUGGUACAUUGAUUAUCAACAAUGCACAACCAUCUGAUUCUGGAUUCUAUAAAUGUCUUGGUUACUCUGCGAGCACUUCCGAAAUUCUAUUCGUCGUCACUGCAAAAGUCCAAGUUUUGUCUGAGGAAGAACUGUGUGCGCUGCAAGCUCUGCCCAGGAUUACUUUGAAUCCAACGACACAAGUAGUAAACCCUGGUGAUAAUGCCAGAAUCGAGUGCUCAGCUUCUGGAGAACAACCCAUUAGAAUUACAUGGAGUGGAUUGAAUAAAACGAUGCCUUCUUCUGUUUACACGCAAGAUGGUAUUAUUGUUUUCAAUAAUAUUCAAGUAUCCGACGCUGGACGCUACAAAUGCACAGCUACGAAUUCAGUUGGUGAAGCCGAUUCUGUUGCUGAAGUAUUAGUUCAGGAAAAUUUUGAAAUGCCAUCGAUUAGUGCCGACAGCAAAAGCAAGGCUGCCAGACGAGGAUCAACAAUUGAUUUGAAGUGCAAUGUGCAACCAGAAUACGAACACUCUGUCUAUUGGUACAAAGAAGCAGGAGACUUACCUCAAAACUCUAUCACUCGUGGUAGCGCACUCAGAAUUACCGAUAUUACUGAAUACGACGAAGGUAUUUACUAUUGCGAGAUAACGAACCCUGAUGGUACAAAAUCCAAGGAUUACAUUGAAUUGAGCGUAAAUGAACCGAAUAAUCCUACACUUGAUAUUCAACCCUCGACUCAAUCUCCGCGCGUUGGAGAAAAUAUAGAACUCUUCUGUAGAUCGAAUGAACCAGGUGUGAUUACAACAUGGACUAAAGUAACUGGAAGAAUGGCACCUAAUGUUGUAAUGGAAAGUGGCACAUUGAAAUUCUAUUCUCUGAAGAAAGAAAACGCCGGACUUUACAGAUGCGAAGCUAGAGGCUACAAUGGUUUAUACCACAAAGAUUUCAAUAUCAAUGUUAUUGAUGAUGCACAUGACGAUACCAUCUCGAAGAAAGAAGCGCCGCGAGGAUCCACUAUCAUUUUGAGCUGCAACACAGACUUGAAAGAACCAGUAACUUAUUUCUGGUCUAAACAGAAGGGAGUACUGCCAAAGGAAGUUGAUAUAUAUUCAAAAUCUAUUCAAAUCAAUGAUAUCGAUAGCCAUAAUGCUGGGUUGUACACGUGUACAUCAUCAAACUCGUACAACAAAAUUGAAACACCAACUAUUUUAGUUGUAACCGGCAUUGUUCCUUAUUUCACUCAAGCCCCAGUUAGUUUCAUUGCAUUGGACACGCUCAAAGAUGCCUAUAUACAAUUUUCUAUUGAAAUAUCGUUCAAACCGGAAGUACAUGAUGGACUAAUUUUAUACAAUGGAAAUAAAAAGAAUAUGCUGACUGGAGACUUUGUUUCAUUGGCUUUGGUUAAUGGAAUUCCAGAGUUCAGAUUCAAUGUUGGCCAUAACAAUACACCAGCUAUAAUUAAGGGCAACCACACGUUGGCUUUAGGUCAAUGGCAUACUGUGAAAAUCUUCAGGAAUCGCAAACGCGGAACUAUGUAUGUUGAUGGCCAAGGACCAUACCCUGGUACCUCGUUGGGCAAAUUUUCUGGUCUCACCAUUAAUGAAAAUUUGUUCAUUGGCGGAGUUCCGGACUUCAACGAUAUUUCACCGAUGGCGAACGCCCACAGAGGUUUCGUCGGUUGCAUCAGUAAAUUGAAGAUUGGCAAUGCGGAUAUUGAUAUACUUAAGGAAGCCCAUAUGAAGAGGGGAACAACAGACUGCGAGACGUGCUCAGAAAAUCUCUGCGAAAAUAAUGGAGUUUGUCAAGAAUCUUUGAGCAAAGAUGGGUUCAUGUGCAUCUGCCGUUCUGGAUACAGCGGUCCAACAUGCAACAAAGUUGGAGCCGAAUUCUGCUCAGCAUCCACUUGUGGAACAGGAAGGUGCGUAGACUCCGAAGAUAGUUACACCUGUCAGUGUCCUCUAAGCAAAGGCGGUAAACACUGCGAGAAGGAAUUAAACAUUUCCGAGCCUGCAUUUUCAAGAAACUCUUAUUUGGCAUACAACACGCCAACGCAGUUGCGUCGCUUAAAAAUUUCCAUGAAGAUCAAGCCUAAGGACCUUUCGGAUGGUGUAAUCGCUUAUUGCGGAGAGAACGACGAAGGCGAUGGAGAUUUCAUCAGUUUGGCUAUUAAGGACAGAAGAAUAGAGUUCAGAUUUGAUGUUGGAAACGGUCCAAUUGUUAUUAAGAGCGAAGAGGAGCUUACGGAAGAAAACAAAUGGGUGGUUGUAACAGUUAGCAGGGUAUCCAGCGAUGGAAAAUUGAUUGUGGACGGUUAUGCACCAGUCGUUGGAACUACUGUUGGAAAUCACAGAGGAUUGAAUCUGCAUACACAAUUCUUUGUCGGUGGUUACAACAAAGACACAGUUAGGCUAAAUCCUGGAGUAGGCGUUACCAAUGGUUUUAACGGAUGCGUUUCUGAAGUGAGCAUUUCAAAUGUUCAUAUGGGACUAGCGAACUCUGUGGAUUCUGCAAAUGUUAAAGACUGCAAUAGUUCUGACGAAGAAGACCAAUAUUUCACGCUAGAAAACGAUAUUUAUACAGCAAGCACCUAUAACGUAAAACAAACAGGAUGCUCCAGCAAUCCGUGCAGAAACGACGGUUACUGCUAUCCGCUAUCUCCAACUACCUAUCAAUGCAAUUGUAUACAUGGAUACACUGGAAAUGAAUGCGAGAUUGCACCAAACAUGUGCGAACAUUUGAAUCCCUGUCAAAAUGCCGGAAUUUGCCACGGUGAUACCAAAAUUUAUAAAUGCGAUUGCCCGAAAGGCUUCACAGGUACAAACUGUGAACUAGCUAUAACAAUCCGCAACGAUGCUAACUUUAAUGGAGACGGGUAUUUGGAAUUUAACAAUUACUUACUGGAUCACACUAAUGAUCAAGCUGAAGAAGUCAUUGCACUCGAAUUAUCUACAAACGAUACCAAUGGUUUGAUAUUCUGGCACGGACAAGGCCCCAAUGAGAAUGGCCAGGGACAAGAUUUUAUCGCUUUGGCUGUUGUCGACGGCUACUUGGAAUUCACUUAUGAUUUAGGAUCCGGUGAAGCACACAUUGUGAACAGAGAUGUCUUCAUUAGCAAUAAUAAUAGACACAGGGUAAUCUUGAAGAGGGAAGGAAGGGAAGGCUCCAUGGAAAUUGACAAUGAUCAUCACACAACUGGCGAAGCUGGUGGCAUAACCAACCAUAUGAAUUGCGACGGCAAUAUUUACUUGGGCGGAACACCCAACAUCGAAUUAAUGACGGGCAGACGUUACACGAAAGGCUUCACCGGUUGCAUCCACGGAUUUGAACUUCAAGAUUCUAAAACUUUAGAUUUAGGAGUUUCUGCCAUAUCAGGACUAAAUGUGAAUAGUUGUCAAAGAUUCGAAAUGGACCGUCUAUUCGGAACUGACGACAAUGAUGACUUCAAUAGGAUCUAAUAAACAAUUGUUUUACUCUAACUGUCCUGUUAACAAUUAAGUGUUCUCAUUUUGUGUUCAAAUAUUAUUUUAUGACUGUGGGCCUAUUUUACGCUUGAAACAUCUCUUUAGUUAAUUUCAAUCACAUUGAACAAGUUUGCUUAUAAAGUAACCAAUUACUGCCAAUGAUAAGCCCACAGGAUAUAAUUUUCUUUUGAUAUAAUAAUUUACGAAACUAAUUAUUUUUUUAUAUUACUUUUAAUUGCAUGUAUAGUAACAUUGUGCCAUUUUAGGAAUAGUGAAACGAAAAGGAAUCCAAAUUGACAAAAACAAAACAAAAAAAUAAUAUAAAAGAUUCAUUUGUAUGGUGCUAGAUUAUGUACUUUCAGCUUAAUUAAAACUACAUUUUAUAAGAGAUUUCUAUGUUAUAUACUUAUUUGAAACAAUUCUUGAAUAAUGUGAUUACUGGAAUCGAAACAAAACGUAUCAACAAUGGUGAUCAACAAUAAAUAUAAUUAAUAUAUAUAUAAAUAUAUACAUAUAUGUAGUAACCUACCAGCAAUCUGUUUUAUAUAAAUAUAAAUGCGCUUUAUUGUUCCAAUAAUGUAU